AGCAGCCAACGGUAGCAACAACAACAACGGCAACAACAGCUAAGCGUGGCACAGCAAUUACGGCGUGCAGUUGCUAUAAUGAUAGAUUUCCAAACAAAAUUGAGCAAAUUAUCGUAUAAAAUGUGUCCCGGUUGGAAAGUCUAAAAAUAGCACAACACCAAUUCCGAAGCGAAGUCGAAGUCGAAGUCAAAGUCGGAGACGUAUUCAAAAACCAAGUGCCGUCUGCCCAACUGACUUUAAAUUAUGCAUGCACAUUGAUUUUCUGACGCGUCGACGUCGUUGUCGUUUUUACUUUCCCACUCAUCGUCGCCACUCGACAUCAUCAUCGCCAUCACCAACAGCAGCAGCAGCAACAGGAACAGGACUCUGCCCAUUGGCAAUCUCGUAAAGUCAUUUCUCGUUCUGCGUUCAGCCCGCAACGCAUGUUAUCAACGGAACUGACGUCGACGGCGUUGUGGAAUGCGAAUUAUCAGCGCACCAACGGCCUAACAAAAGAUGAGACUUGUCUGUCGACGACAUAUAAAAACUGCACAACAGAAGCAACAGCAACAACAGCAGCAGUCACAGCAGCAGCAAUGACCAAACAAUUGACAACAACAACUGCGACAAAUGCAGCGUCUAGCAUCACACAAACGGCUAAUUUGGCGCCCACGGUUAUUUCGCCCACAACAAUAGGCGCAUCAACUACAGCACCAACAGCAACAACAAGAGACGAAGCUGCGCCUGCUGCUGCAGAGACAGUAAAGCCGACGCGGCAGUCCGCAACAAAAGCCUCAACAGCAUCGGCAUCGGCAUCAGCAUCAGCAUCCGCAUCAGCAUCAACAAAAACAACAACUGCAUCAAGUGAUGCCAGCGGCCGUUCGGCGGCUUUGGAACGUGCCUACGUCCACGAUGUCUACGAGCACUGCGAGGAGCCAACGGGACCAGUGCGACCACGAGUGGCACAGUUUCUGGGCAACCUGGAGCCGGGCUCAGUGGUCUGCGACGUCGGCUGCGGCAGUGGGCGUUACUUAACAGAGUGCAAUCCCGCCAUAUGCACCAUUGGCGUCGAUCGCUGCUAUCGUCUCAGCAAGGUGGCGCACGAGAAGGGAGGCGAGGUGGCGCUGUGCGACAAUCUGGAGCUGCCGUUUCGCGAUGAUAGCUUCGACGCGGUGCUCUCGCUGGCUGUAGUACAUCACUUUGCUACCACGGAACGUCGAGUCAGAGCGCUGAGGGAACUGGCCCGCAUUCUGCGCGUAGGUGGACGUGUGGUAAUUACUGUUUGGGCUCUGGAGCAGCGCCAUCGACGCUUCGAGUCGCAGGAUGUGCUGAUACCUUGGCAGCCGCCCAAGAAUCGCACCUACUCCUACUCGUACUCCGACGAGGAAGACGAUGGAGACUUUCUGCCGCCCUAUCAUGCUUACACGGAGGAUUCGACCAAUUCCAGUCGCUCAGCUGGCGAUGGCGACAGCUCAAGCCUCAGCUCAUCUUCGCCUGGCGAGUCCUGCUAUAGCUUUGUGCGGCGCGCCAUACAAAAAUUGGCUAGCGGACGUCGUCAUGCCUGGUUCCUUGAUUCUUGGACCUCCAAGGACACUAAGAACGACAGCAGCCUAGACUACGAGGAUGCCAAGGAUCUGCCCAUUGAGCUGCGUCGCCUCGAAGACUUCGAGGACUUCCCCGAUCCGCCACUCUCCGCCGGCCUCAAAUCACGCAGCUUGGGCAGCAUACUGCAGCCGCCGCCACGUCAAAUCGUACGCUCACGCUCAAGUGUGCCCAGUCUGGGUGGUCCACUGGUGCCUGCCGAGACCAAGGCCAGCGCCGCAGCUGCUCUGCUGCUCAGUGCUCCCGAUGCCCAGCUCAAUGGUCGUCAUUCGCCCACGACAACCGCCAGCGCGGGCAACACACUUAGCCGCCGACCCAAGCUAAUCAAGCAGAAGCAGUCGCUGUGCGAGGACGACCUCUCGCAGCUGGGAGAAACGGCGCCUGACGCCGACGCCACCUUUCAUAUGCUCAGCAACUACAACGGAGCCAAUGGGGCUGUCAGCAGCAGCCUCUGCAUGCGCUUUCAGAAGCCUGCCAGCGUCUCCUCAAUAUCAUCUUCAGCGGCUGGGACGGCGCCAGCCAACAAUAUGCCCAGCUUUCUACGCAAGCAAAGCUCUCUGAAUGAGGAGCUGAUGACGGGCAAUCGACUGCGCGACAAGGAACGGGUGCGCAAACGCAUACAGAAGCAGACCUCGCUGAACGAGGCCUUCCUUUGCCGCUCGGCGCUGUUCUCCAAGCGACUGCAGGUUAUACGCGAGGGCUUCACUACCAAGAUCAAGAGUUCGACGGGCAGCCUGGAGCGCGUGACUAAGACGGGCAUCACAAAACUCAUGCAAAACAUAAAAAUUACGCCAACAAGCCAGACGUCGGCAAGCGUCGCCGUCAAUCCGCAGCAGACAAACAACAACAACAAGCAACCCAUGACGCCCGCUUCGCAGAGCCUCCAGCAGCAGCAUCAGCAUCAUCACCAUCAUCAUCAUCAUACGAGCACCGCGGGCAGCCUGUUCCCGACACAUUUGCUGCUGUCGAGCACGACAACUGGUCCAGUCAGCUACUGCAGCGUCGUGGAGUGCAGUGCGCCCAACAUCUGCCACUGCAGCGCCUAUCAGCAAGAUUGCGUUGCGUGCGCCGAAAGCGAACAGAGCAACGCGCGCCGGCAUUCGCGCGAGUCCGGCUCCGAUUCGUCGAAGGACAGCAGCCUGCAGUCGGAUACGAGCAUUGAGUCUGAGGACAGCUUUGCCUCGGUCAUCUUCAUACCCAAGCCGGAGCAGCAUCAGCAGCAGCUUAACUAUCAGCAACAGCAUCAGCACUCGAACUCAAGUUCAAGCAACUCGAGCUCCAGCAAUGGAAAUGCCCAGGCGGCUUUGGCAGCUAUGACUAAUCCAGCAGCAGCUGCCCCGUCCGGCUGUUUGACACGUUUGCCGCCCACACACUCCGUGCCAACGUCACCGCUCAUCAUGCCCUGCCCGCCGACACCUGCCCACUCGCCAGCCGCCAUCCAAGCCGCGGUCACCUCGCCGCCCCAAUCGAUGGCUUCUGUGACGGCAGCCAUGGCCAUUUUAACGCCUGUCGCCAAGCCAGCGCGAUUUAACUUCGACGAGGCGCACAUCAAGCAGCAGCAGCUGCAAGUGCAGGACAAGCCGCAGCCACCGAUACCCAAGAUCACACGCCAAGCCAUACGUGAAAUGCCGCCCAUUCCCAAGUUUCGCAAGCAGCAAUCGCUGCAGCUGCAACGCCAGAGUUUUCCCAUUGUUCGACGAGCAUCCGGUUCGGGUGUUGCAAGCAGCAGCAGCACCAGUGCCACGAAGCUGCUCUCGCUCGAGCUGUUCAAUCCGGCCACCGAUGAUCUGGACAGCGACUCCAGUGAGCCCUCCUCGCCGGACUCCAUUGACAGUGUGAUCAGUGCUCCGCGAUCGGCCCAGCUGCUCUCGGCCCCGAGCACUGGCACCGGCAAGUCCAGUGACGAAUCGGACGCGGCGCUGGCCCAGCUUAUUACCAUCAACCAGAAGCAGUACCACAACGGCGAGCUACAGAUCAACAAUGCCACGCCCAACGAAAAUGAUAUCAUACUCAAUGCGGACAGCGCGCCGCUGCUGCCAAAGAAGCGUGAGGCUGGCCAGGCACAGGAGCAGCAGCCGCACGAUUGCGCCGAGUUCGCUGAGCAGCUGACGGCGCAGUUACAGCGCGAGCUAGACGAUAAGAGCAAUCGUGCGGAGUGUCGUAGCUUGGACAGCAUUGGUGAUAUAAGCGAGUACUUGAGCGGCAGCAGCGCGGGCAGCGGCUCCAAGAAGCGCUCCAAUGGUGAUUUGAGUGCAUUACGGGAUGAGCUGCGUGAGCGUCGUCUGAUGCUGGCCAAUCUUUCGACCCAGCCCAGUUUGCAGCAGUCGCCCAUAUCGUCGUCCACCUCAUCGCUUUCAUCCCAAACGCGCAGCUUCACCAUACACGAGGAGCAGGAGGGCGAGGAAGAAGACGAGGAAAACGAGCGAAGCUACACGCUGGGCAUCUACGAGCACUGCAAGAUCUCGAAAUUCAACUACAAACGCAAUCGUCACUAUAAUCUCAAUCCGGAGACGGCCUACUUGCUGCAGGACGAUGGCGACAGCGAUGUGCGCGAUGAUGAAGAUCUUGGUUUUCAUCCUGCAGCCAUACCAGAGGAGGACGAGGAUGCCGAGGCGCUGGAGGCACGUGGCGGCGAUCAACUGGGCGAGGGCAUGCACGAGUAUGGGCAGCGCAGGCGCAACUUCAGUGUCAUCAAAUCGGUGACCUCCAGUGCGUCCAGCUCCACGGAAACGCCGCCCUCGCAGCAGCCAACUCAGCAGCAGGCGCUGCAACAGCGCACCUCCACCGAAUCGCUGGAGCACUCAAAUAGCUCAAACACCUCGCUGGACAGCCCGUCGCAGGGCGGCUCCACUACCCAUCAUCGCUACUACCACGUAUACCGCGAGGGCGAGCUGGACGCCCUGAUCAAUCAUCAUGUGGCCAGUCUGCAUAUUGUUAGCUCCUACUACGAGCGCGCUAGCUGGUGCGUUGUGGCUGAGAAGGUGCAGGUGUGGACGAUCUAAGUUAGGAAC